AUGACACCCCUAGCGGAGCAUGAAGUCAUCGAAGCGAACAGUAUCGAAAAUCUCGUCCUUUUGAGUGCUAGAAUGCCUGUUAAGGAUCUUUUUGACGUUUUCGAUCUUAAGAAAGCGGUUGGUAACCUUUUGGACAAUCUCAAAUGGAAAAAGUGGGCCUAUAUCGUUUGCAAAGUGAAGGGCGGUGGGAAUCAUUACAAGGCGAUACUUGGGGCCAUGCUCGAACAUUUUAAUGUCCAAGAACUGGUCGAGAGGUUGAUGGAAGCAGCUGUAGCUACUAAGACGAAUGCCAUCGCUAAAACACUUCUGAAUGAGCUGAAUAACCGCGAAGACGCUACUAAGGUCAGCGCUGUAAAAGUCUAUGAAUGGCUUGGACUCAACCCAGUAACGACAAACAUUUUCGAGACGCCGGAGCACGCAAAAUGGUCCGCAUAUCUGAGUGCAUGUUCCGCGGAGCAGUACGCAAAAGAUCCCCUCCUCACUGAACUUGUGGGCACUUUAGAGUUUAAAACAAAUGAGGGUCUUCAUAAGGUGUUGGCAGACAAUGCUAGCAAUCCCACGAGCAGAAUGCAGUUGAUCACGCUGAUGACGGUUUGGCUUGCUGAGAAAGUGCUUCCAUCCCGAAUCAUUAUAUUCCUUGAGCCCGACCCAAAAGAAUGCAAAAAUCUCCUUUUCGAUUUUCAGAAAAACAAACCAAUUGUGAAAUUCUGGAUGUUCUAUUCGAAGAUGUUUAGUUUUAAGAAUCCUAAUGAAAAGGUGACACCGAUGGACACGUUCUCGCAAGUAUUUGGUCUCAAAAAUGCGGCCACAAUGAUAUAUGCGGCAAAGAUGGUGGGAGACGAGAGUGUAAGCCCGCUUGCAGCUUCUAUGCUUUUGCUGCAAUUUCAGCAGUGGAAAAUCGAACGAUUGAGGGCAAGUGUUCUCAAGAAGAUGUUUGAUGAUGACACUGUUUUGCCUUCGAUGUAUUCGUCGAAAAAUAAGGAAGCUGCGGUCGAAUUCAUUUGCCAAGAGUACGGAGAAUACAUGAAGUACUGGGAUAUUCUUGAUGAUAUGGACGAUGAGUAUCUGUGGACUGCAGACGCUUUUAAUAAAGUCUGA